GCUCAAGUUCAACAGCGACAAUUAAUGAUUUUGAUGAUGAAACAAGAAAAUCAAAUUUUCAAGAGUUAAGAAAUAAAAUUAGGUCCGAUCCGAUAUUUAGGGAAUUUCUUGCUUCAGAUAAAAAAUAUUUUACCGAAUAUUUUGGAAAUUUGGAUUAUUGGAUAACGGAAUUAUUAAUUAAUUUCAAUGAAUCAAAAUAUGAUAAAUAUGAAAAAGCAAUCAAAGAACCUUUGAAAUUAAUAUCAAUUUUAUUGACAAAAUGUGAUCAAGAGAUAAAAACGCAUCAGAUUCGAUAUUCAAAAUUUACGUAUACUGGAGCUGGUUUGGCUAUGGGACUUGUAUUAAGUUAUGUAGUGAAAUAUAAAUCUAAUCGUAAUUUAAAAUCAACUUUAGAAACUCAAGAAAGCAUAAAAAUUGCAUUAAAAAUAUUGGAAGGUGAAUUAAAAAAUUGGGAAAGAAAUGGACUUAAUUAUAAACAAAAAGGUGAUAAUAAUGAAAAAGUUGAAUUUUUCACUUAUGUGAAAAAACAGUUGAAUGAAUUAAACGAAGACUUCAAUACGAUUGAAGAGAAAGAUAUUUUAUAA